AUGGCUUCUUCAUCUUCUUAUAAUCACAAUGCUAGAGAAACUCCCAAUUCCAACCUACAAUUUGUAGCAUUUCCAAAUGGUUUCGAUCCAAACUCAAUCCCCAACACCACUUUUGUUCAAGCCGACCCUUCAACAUUCCGUGCCGUCGUUCAAAAACUCACCGGCACCACCACCACAGACUCAGCAGCCCAGAAACUCCCAGCCACCAGCCCCUCUCGUCUCACGGGAAAACCCAUCCCCGGCGAAAUGGGUCCUCGGAAACCCGCCUUCAAACUGCAUGAAAGGAGACAAUCAGCUAGAAAACUAGAAAUCAAGCUCGGCGGCGCCGCCAGUUCAAACUCAAUGGUUUCACCUUCUACUGCAAGAUAUCAUCAAAGGAAUUUUUUGGGGUUUAACGGUGAAACGCUAAUGGUUUCGCCGGUUUCUCCGUUGGAGCUUUUUGGGCGUGGGAGUCCAAGAACGCCGAGGUCUCCUAUGGAGGAAGAAGAAAAAGCCAUUGCUGAGAAGAGGUUUUAUUUGCACCCAAGUCCAUUGAGCACUCCAAGAGGGUCUGAACCACCUGAACUUCUGCCAUUGUUUCCUGUUCAAUCACCUCGAGAAAAAACCUCAUUUUCUCUUUUUUAA